AUGAGCUUGCAGUUCCUCCAGGAUCUCGGCAUGGACUCCAGCGACUACCACUUCAUGUUUCGCACGCCUCGCAGUCCAGCGUCCAACGUGUCAGUUGCGGGCGAUGGCGCGUCACGGAGCGUGAACGCUCUGUCUCUGCAGCGCGAUACGCCAACAACUACGGCUCUUCCCCUGCUGGAUGGGCAUACCGACACGAAGCCUGAGGCGCUGGGCUUGACGGGCGAUAUGGACCCAUACAUCCUGCGGAAAUACCGGACUGACAAUCACGGCGUCUUCAAGUUCAAGCAGCUCGCCGUUUAUUCGGUGCAGGAACAGCCGUUCCCGGUGCAGUUCCUCCUGUCUCAGCCGUCGCUCUUUGGCAAGUCGCUGGAACAGACCGGCCAUGCCACACCAGGAGAGGCGUAUCUGAGGACACAGUUGGAGCAGUUGGUGCCAUCCACGAUGGGCAAGCGACUCAUCUCACUGUGGUCAAAAUUCGCCGGGGCGCAGUACCCCAUCUUCUCCUCGGCCGCGAUGCCUGAUCCUGAGACCAGUCCUGCGCACCUCCUCGCUGCUGUGUACGCCAUUGCCGUUCCCUUCGCCAUGCACGACGAUAAGCUCUGUAUUGAUCUCGCAUAUGACGCCUUCCCGUACUCGACGCUUUCGCAGGUUCUCAAUACCUCACUGGCACCGGAUCUGCACUCACCGAGCCUCGAAACCGUGCAGACGAUGCUGCUGCUCGUGCUAAGGCCAUCGUCCAAUCCACUGGUCUCCGAUGCGUCGCAUCAGUGGAAUCUUAUGGGGGCUCUGGUCGCGGCGGCCACCAACGUCGGUUUGCACCUAGACCCUACGCCCUGGGGGCUGCUGGCGGCGGACGUGGCUCUGAGGCGCCGACUAUCAUUCCUCAUCUACUCGACGGACCGUUUGCUCGCCGCCAGCUUGGGCAAGCCGCCACUCAUUGAUCCGGACAAUUGGCUUGUCAAUACACUGCUUCCCUCGGACCAGCACGAUAGCAACGUCCCUGAUGCCGCCUGGGAAUGUUUACUAAAACUGUCGGCGGUGACCAUGCUUGUUGCCGAGGCUUUAGCGAAACUAUAUUCGCUGCGCAUCUUGCAGUCAUCGUCCCAAAACCCCGGACUCAGCGACAUUGCCAUGUCGUUGGCGAACCAUCUGGACGAGUCCUACCAUUCCGCCGGCAAUCAUGAUCCAUCACAUCAAGCAGGGAUACAAAUGUCGCUGGCCAUCUGCGAUCUAGCGUAUCACCACACAAAUCUCAUCGUACAUCGCGCGGCGAUGAGGCCAUUCCUUGACACCGAGAACCUAGGAGGCUCUUCCGAUCUCACCGCCCGCGCCGAAACAGUGCGACAAAGCAUGAGAGACUGCACCCAGGGCUUUCACGCUUUCAUCAAGGAUCUGAGAGCGGAGGAUGUCAACGGCGUUUGGCCACCGUGGGCGCAGGCUGCGAUCUCAUCUCUCUGCUUCACCCAGCUCACAAUGGUCUCAUCAGCAUCUACGUAUGAUGAAGCUCUCGACUGGAUAAAGCGGCUGCAGAUGACCCGAAAGGAACUGCGACUCAAAGCGAAGUCCUUCCCCAUCCUCUGCUUGGGCCUACUUCGCAUUGACUCCAUCUUCUGGCGCGGCGUCGACAACGUUCUUCACCUCCCACCUCAUGUGUCACAGGCAUUUUCCUCACUGGAAGACGGCACAUGA